GUGGUAAUUCUUCAAAAUGGUCGCUUUGUAUGGUUUGCCAACUUGCAUGUCUGUGUUUCACAGUUCUUUGUUUUCAUAAUUCGUUUGAUACUGUAAUAUUGAGACAAAAUUAAAUUGAGAUUCUCUAUUAUUUAGUGUGUAUGUGAAAGUUUACAUUAUAAAUAUAUGUUGAGUUGUGGAAGAAAGAUGUCAUCGGUAAUGUGAGAGCUCUCGACUAUCGUUUUUAUUUUACGGGAUUAUGACGUUUAUGAUUCCUGUUUGGAUUAGCAGAAACUGAAUAAACACCAGGUUUAUGUGAAGCGUAGGAUAUUAGAACAAGUGCCAAAGCAUGCUAAUAAGAUAUAAACUGUGAGCAUAGGAUCAGAGUAACCUCUACGAAACGGGAGAGUCGUAAUUGUGUGAUCUAUAGAGUGAUAAGCGAAUGUCAAUGAGAAGAGCCAGAGCACAUGCAUGUGGAUGGUGGGGCUGGUGCGUGUGAUGGGAGGGGUGGGGUGAGAGGCUCGGCUGCGGCGCGGGCGCGAUGAACCCGCCGGCGCCCGGCAAGACGGCCACGCGCUCCUCCGGGUACCACCAGAAGGCGCUCGCCGAGAUCCGCAACUCCCUCCUCCCGUUCGCUAACAUCGGGAACUCUGACCCUCCCGGCUCCUCAGCAGCCAGCACUGUCAGCUCGGGAGUGAGCUCUGGAUUCAGUUCAUCAUCAGGAAAUGGACUAGACAAGGAUUUGAAUGUGCUACCACAGUCAUUAAAUCAACUCAUCGCUUUAGGAUAUGAUGAGGACCUUUCAGUUAGAGCAUUGAAGUACUCUGGGGGCCGCCUCGAUGCCGCCCUCGACUACCUGUCGAAGCAGCAGGAGCCGCUCAAUGGCGUCCUCAAGGGCGGCAGCCUGGGCGCGCUGGGCACCAAGCUGCACCGCAAGCCCAGCCUGGAGCGCGAGCUGGGGCUGCACCGCGGCAGCCCCGCGCUGGACUCGGGCGCCGGCUCGUCGCGGUCCGACUCGCCGCGCGCGGCCGACGCGGCGCCGCACGACAAGCUGUGCCGCCAGUACUCGCCCUCCGCCUUCUCCGAGCCGCCGCCGCCGCCGCCGCCGCGCUGCCCCUCCACGCCGCCCGUGCCGCCCUCCGUGCAGCAGCUCAUGAAGCGCAUGUCCCCGGCGCCGCCGCUGCCGCCGCUGCCCCCGGCCCGCGGCACCAGCCCCGUGGCCGCGGCCGCGCCCAACCCGCCCGCGCGCCAGCCCAUGAUCGUGCAGAACGGCCCGCAGGUGCAGCAGCAGCUCACGCAGCAGAUCCAGGCGCUCAGCAUCUACCAGGCGGGCGCCGCCGCCGCCGAGCUGCCGCCGCCCUACCCCCUGGCGGGCGUGCCGCCGCCACCCUCCUACUCGGUGUCCAUGCAGAACCGGCAGAGCCCCACGCAGUCGCAGGACUACCGCAAGAGCCCGUCAUCAGGCAUCUAUUCGGGCGGCACGUCGGCGGGCUCGCCUAGUCCCAUCACGGUGACGCAGUCCACGGGCUCGUCGGCGGGCAUGACGCGGCCCACGCCCAUCCAGGCGUGGACGGCGCGUCAGGCGGUGCAGCCGCCCAUCAUCAUGCAGUCGGUCAAGUCCACGCAGGUGCAGAAGCCGGUGCUGCAGACGGCGAUCGCGCCCGUGGCGCCGCCCCCCGCCGGCGCAGGCCCACAGCCGCCGCCGCCCUCAUACGCCAGCUCCAUCCAGCAGAAGGCGGCGCAGACCCCGCCCAGCUACCCGCUGGCCCCCAAGCCGGCGUCGCCGGGCUCCACGCCACCUGCCGUGCCGCCCAGCGCGCCCUCGGUGCCCACCACGGAGCCGCCCAGCUACGCCAUCACCAUGCAGGCGCUGGCCGUGCAGCGCGGCAUGCACCCGGUCCCGCCGCCGCCCUACGGCAACCAGGCCGACAACACCACCACCGUCAACUCUCAUCACUCGCCCCUACAUAAAAAAUUCUCGAACAAUUGCGACGUCAAAGGCGAAACGUCGCAGGGCCUCGAGAUCAAGUGUCCCAACCAGAACUGUACAAAUAAUCUGUUGAAAGACAACGUCGCGUCCACCUCUGACAAGACGAACGGUUCGACGGAGCGCAUGGGCCGGCCGAAACCCUUGGAGAAGAUUAGACAUCAGUCGCCGAUCCCCGAGCGGAAGAACAUCAGUAAGGAGAAAGAGGACGAGAGAAGGGAUUGUAAAGUGAGGAACUACUCUCCGCAAGCGUUCAAGUUCUUCAUGGAGCAGCACGUCGAGAAUAUUCUGAAGUCGUACAAGCAGCGGACGUUCCGUCGCAUGCAGCUCGAGAAGGAGAUGACGAAAAUAGGCCUGAGCGCGGAGGCGCAGUGCCAGAUGAGGAAGAUGUUGUCUCAGAAGGAGUCCAACUACAUCCGGCUGAAGCGAGCGAAGAUGGACAAGUCGAUGUUCACCAAGAUAAAGCCGAUCGGAGUGGGGGCGUUCGGGGAGGUGACGCUGGUGAGGAAGAUCGAUACUAGUCAUCUAUAUGCCAUGAAGACUCUUCGGAAGGCGGACGUGCUCAAGCGGAACCAGGUGGCGCACGUGAAAGCCGAGCGCGACAUCUUAGCAGAAGCCGACAACGAGUGGGUAGUGAAACUGUACUACAGUUUUCAGGACAAGGAUAACUUGUAUUUCGUGAUGGACUAUAUUCCGGGCGGGGACCUCAUGUCGUUGUUGAUCAAGCUGGGUAUAUUCGAGGAGAAGCUGGCGCGGUUCUAUAUCGCGGAGCUGACGUGUGCGGUGGAGAGCGUGCACAAGAUGGGCUUCAUCCACCGGGACAUCAAGCCAGAUAACAUCCUCAUAGACCGGGACGGUCACAUCAAGCUCACAGACUUCGGACUCUGCACCGGGUUCCGCUGGACGCACAACUCCAAAUAUUAUCAGAGGAACGACCACGGGCGGCAGGACUCGAUGGAUCCAGUAGACGGCGAAUGGGGCGCAAUGGGCGAGUGUCGUUGCCACCAGCUCAAGCCUUUAGAAAGGCGACGCAAGAGGGAACAUCAGCGGUGCCUCGCGCACUCUUUAGUGGGCACUCCGAACUACAUCGCGCCCGAGGUGUUGCAACGGAAGGGGUACACGCAGCUGUGCGACUGGUGGUCGGUGGGGGUGAUCCUGUAUGAGAUGCUGGUGGGCUCCCCGCCCUUCCUCGCCGCCACGCCCGCGGAGACGCAGCUUAAGGUAAUAAAUUGGGAGAGCACGCUACACAUCCCGGACGCGGCGAAUCUGACACGGGACGCCAAGGACUUGAUACUCCAACUGUGCUCAGGACAGGACACGCGCCUCGGCAAGGACGCCACCGAGGUCAAGAACCACCCCUUCCUCAAGACCAUCGACUUCGACAAAGGACUUCGGAGGCAGGUCGCCCCCUACAUACCCCGGAUAGAAUACCCCACAGACACAUCAAAUUUCGACCCUAUAGAUCCCGACAAACUCCGGAAUUCAGGCAGUUCGGAUUCAAAUAAAUCGGAUAGUGAACUUUUGGAUAAUGGCAAGACUUUCCACGGGUUCUUCGAGUUUACGUUCAGGAGGUUCUUCGAUGACGGAUACACGAACAAAAUUAAUCUAGAUGACAACGACAACCAGGGUCCUGUGUAUGUGUAGCGAUGGUAUUAUAUUUACGAGUUUAUUUAUAAACGUCUCAAUUUGGUAGGAUUUUGUCGCGGUAAGUUGUCAUUUGUCGUAAAGGCGUCAGACGUCGAAUCCCAUCGAGAUAUCGCGUUCGCGACGAACGCACCUUCUACUCGAAUUAGCGUCCGGUUAAUUGCGAGUAGAAACACGGUGAUAUAGAGACACUGAGACUAUCUUGUAGGAUUUUUUUACAAAGUGUGUGCCUUUGACUCUCUCUAUUAAAACAUUAGUUUUCGUAAACGUAACGAAUGUAACGUAUUUAAAUUUAAUUAAAAACCGUAUUGUUAAUAAUCCCGGUGAUAAUGUUGUAAUAUUGUAUCGUUAUGUAUUUGUAAGAGUAAUCUUAUUUGUGUAAUAUAUAUGUAAUGGAUGGAUGCGGCAGUGUGGCGUGUGCAACUAUGGUGCUAUCGUAGCCCCCGGCGCGGAGGCGUUCCAUCACUGUAUACUAUUUUUGUAAUGUAACUAGAGAAAUUAUUUAUGAGAUAAGAACAAGAUAACUUGGUAGGCUGGCGACCGUCCGCGGGCUAGCGCGGUGUGCUAUAUACACUCAAUAUUAUAUUGGUAUUUUUAUUCUAAAUUAUUAAGGACUUAAGAUAAGUAUUGACGCAGUUUACUACUUAAGUGGAAUUCUAGUUUGUGAAAUGGUAUCUUUUAAACGUAUUUAUAACGUCAUUACGCAUUACACGUUUGGAAGCCACGACGUUAGCCUGCGCCUGGGCGCUCAACUCUAGCGAAUGAUAUAAUAUUGUCACUAUAUUUUCUUAUGUAUUUAUCGAGGUAGGUCGCUUGUGUGUUUGUUUAUAGUAAACCGUAACUUAUGAAGUCAUCAGCAGUCAUAUUCGGAAUUGGUAAGUCAAAUGUACAGUAACGUGCUUCCACCGUCUCUGGACGCGAGCUCAGCGAGUGCCUUCAUUAUAUCAACGAUUUUUGUAACUCAUUUAUUCAGAAGUUCUAUUGAAUUUCAACCGUAGGUAAAGUAGAAUCAGGCAUCGGUAACCCGACAUUAUAGUGCAAUACCUAUUUAUUAACACAAAUAAACUCAGUUACAUAUUUUUAUUGCGAUGUUGACUGAAGGUUUAGUUCUAAAUUUGUUAGUGUCACAUUGUAUUAUAUUCUAGAUUUCAUUUUCAGUCAUAUAUGAUUUUCAAUUUAGAUUUUUUCACUAACAAUAUCCAAGUUUUUAAUGUGUAGUCGCGGUAAAUAACAUUCACUUGGCCACUAUAAGGUGAGCCCUGAAAUCAUGUACAAUCAAUCAGUAAGAGUAUGAGAACUUUGUGGAUGUUUAAAGUCGGGGCUCUGUUUAAAGUGGCCAGGUACUGCAUAAAACGUAAACAAAACUGUUUGGCAGCAUUAUAGUACGGUUAAAUGCACGAACGUCACUUAAAUUGUAAGAGUGAGUGGUACUUCAUUAGUCCAUCGGUUAGAAAUUGUGCCAAUAUGUAGUGUCUCGUUCGUUGUUGAAUGUUAUAAGUACUGUCGUUAAGUUGUUUAAGUGACGGACCGUGUAUUAGGAGAGCCUGCUGGUUGUCUCGAGAUACACUUGUACAGUUCGAUGUAAUGAGUCAGUUCAACCUUAAAUUAUGUGUUAUUGAAUGUAAAUUGUUUUAUUCUGAAAUGAAACGUGCUUAUAAGAAGUAAAUGAAAAUAAAAUAUGGGAAUUUA